AUGUCCCAGCUCUCCAUACUCCUCCAAUUAGUUUAACUCUCUCUCUCUCUGCAAAUCUGAGUUACAAAAAAGCUUCCAAGUUCUGUUCUAUAAAUUGUUGGGUAUUGCUAUUCCCCCUGGUUCUGAAUCUUUGUCACAUCAAAGGAGAAGAUGGGUGCUCUAGAUCAUUUCUCUCAUCUAUUUGAUUGCUCCAGUGGGAGUCAUCACAAGAAGCGAAAGAAUUUCCAGACGGUGGAGAUUAAGGUGAAGAUGGACUGCGAAGGUUGCGAGAGGAAGGUGAGGAGGUCAGUGGAGGGAAUGAAGGGCGUGACACAAGUCGACAUAGACCGGAAAGCGAGCAAGCUGACGGUGGUCGGAUACGUGGAGCCGAAGAAGGUGUUGGCACGCGUCGCGCAUCGGACGGGGAAGAAGGUGGAGAUCUGGCCGUAUGUGCCUUACGACGUCGUUGACCACCCAUACGCACAGGGUGUAUACGACAAGAAGGCUCCGGCGGGUUACGUGCGAAGUGACCAACAGAUGUCCGGGGGGUUGGCACGUGCGAGCUCCACGGAAGUGAGGUACACCACCGCUUUCAGUGAUGAAAACCCAGCUGCCUGCACCGUCAUGUGACUUGUCGCAAGCUAGGAUUGUGAUGUGUUUUUAUUUUAGUUUCUUGUUGCUGUAAUUUGUGUGAUGCACAUUUUUCAGAUUUGUUUCCUUUAUUUUUAUUUUAGGGUUGGUGAUGAUAAUCAAGAAAAGAAAUCUAAUAUGAAAUGGGGCUAGUUUGCCCUUUGGUUUGUAAAUGGAAAUUUCCAUAGUGGAUUAUCUGGUUGUUUUACUUGUUGAGUGUUAGUGAAUGUGUUACCCAACAUGUAGUUAU